AUGUCCAAACGAACAAAAUUAGAAGAUUUAUCAGAUGAACUUUACUUUGAAUUAUUUGAAUAUUUGAAUGUUUGUGAUUUGCAUGAAUCGUUAUUCAACUUAAAUUCUCGUUUAAAUCAAAUAAUCCUUGAUCGUCGAUUAUGUUUACACGGUUGUAUUUUGACAUAUGAACAAUUGGUCUAUUUUAGUUCAAAAAUUCAACCAUACCUUGAGAAUAGUGAACAAACGAUCAUCUCUUUACAGAUAAGUGGAUAUCGAUAUUGGCAACAACUUUUCAGCAAUCAUAUUUACUUGUCAAUUCGUUCAUUAACAGUAAAUGGUGCAGAAGAAUUAUCUGCGCUAAAAUCACUUUUGAUAUCAAAGCAUUUGCCAUUUCUGAAACAUUUAACAAUCACUGCGACAAGACGUUUUGUGUAUUCUGAAACACGUGUAUAUGACUUGAUAUACACUAUUAUAUCACAAAAUCAAACAUUAACAACGUGCGUAUUUGACUUUCAUUUUAAUAUUCGAUCUUUUCGUCAUCGAUCGCACGAAACACAAUUUUCACAUUUGUCAUCAAUUAUUGAACGCUUAAAUUUAAGAGUAAAUUUUAAUUUAAAAAAUUUUUCUAGAGUCAUAAAGCAACUACCGAAUCUUCGCUUUCUUGAAGCAAGAAUUUAUGGUAAUGAUAACUUGGAUAAUUUUCACCUAUCAUUAAUACAAAAUUUAACAUAUUUAAUCUUAAGUAUCUCUUGUGUUCCAUUCCUUAAACUUGAACGCAUAUUAUCAAUGAUGUCUAAUUUGAAAAAAUUACAUAUCAAAGGUUAUAUAAAUCUUGAUACAAAUUAUUUGAAACAGAGUUACCGCUGGAAACAAUUGUUAACAAAAAAGUUAUCAUUAUUAAAACAAUUUCGGUUAUCUUUCAAGACAAAUUUUAUUCUUGAUAGUCAAUGUUUGUUAAAGAAAUUUCAACAAGAUCAAUACUUUCAGCAAAAUAAUUUUUAUUUGGAAGAGCAGCCGUCUCAUGGUUAUUUAAAGAUGACUGGUAGUUUUUAG